ACAUGCGCAGUGGCGGGCGUGGUGAGAAAUGUGCCAGGACUUGACAGGCAAGGAAUGGCCAGCAGAUGCCUCUGGAAAAGCGGUUGAAAUAAGCCCAGUAAAUAGUGAAUGUGCUAGAGCUGAAUUCAAUUUAGAGGCGUAACCAGCAAAUCAGAUGGUAGUUGGUCACAUAAAAAUGCCGAGUGGCUAAUUGCGCAGCCACUUGUGUCUGUUUUUUGUUUAUCGAUUUGUGUAUAACGACGAACUUGCACCCUAUAUGUAAGUGCCGCUGGCAAAACAACAGAGCAGCCCUCACGCCCACUUAGUGGCCAAACUGGAAAAUAAUGCCAAGGUCCAAGACCACAGGCAGUAAUUAAACAGGAUUUGCCAACGGAAAUCGUCGCGUAAACAGGAUUACAAUAGCAUGGAUGCUGGUGGCCAGGAAACCACCUAUGAGCCGCUGGACGGACGUGGUUCCGGGCGCUCGAGGAGCAGUCAUUCCACAACCGGUUCGGGACUGAGACGUCCAGGCAGCAUGGACAGCCCGGAGUUCGACACCCGUGCACCCAAGGAUCAGAGGCACUCCGUCUACCUGGCUCUACUGGCAGCGGGCAUUGGCUUUGUAUUGCCCUACAAUAGCUUCAUUAUUGCGGCGGACUACUGGCAGGCGCGAUUCCCGGGUCGCCCGGUGGCCCUGGACAUGUCGAUGACGUACAUCUUCGUGGCCUUCGGCACCGUGCUGAUGAACAACAUAGUGCUGUCGGUGGCGCCGUUCCAGUCGCGGGUGCUCUUCGGCUACAUGAUAUCCUUCACCACCCUGAUCUUCGUCGCGGUGUGCGAGGUGGCCUGGCACAUGUUCGCCACCAAUACCGCCUACCUGGUGAAUAUGUCAGCGGUUGCCCUGACCGCCGUCGGCUGCACUGUGCAGCAGUCCAGCUUCUAUGGAUUCGCCUCCAUGCUGCCCAAGCAGUACACCCAGGCGGUGAUGGCCGGCGAGAGUAUCGCCGGCUUCCUGGUGUCUUCCAAUCGAGUCGUUACCAAAUUGCUGAUCAACAACGAUCGCGUGUCCACGGUGAUCUUCUUUCUGACCUCAACGCUCUACAUCCUCUUCAGCUACCUGUUGCACGUGGCCACCAUCAACUCGCCGUUUGUGCGGUUCCAUGUGGAGGCCUGCUCCAAGAUCGUCUUGCGGCCGGAUGAGCAGGAGAUUGACGGAGUUCCAAGUAGUACUCGCUAUGGGGUGCUCUCGAUGGACGGAACCCACACCACGACCACAACGGUGGGACCGCCGGGCACUGGAAAUACCCUUAGCUUUAGCAAUCCCGUCUACGAGUUAUCCAAUCCGACAGCCGGCGAGAGCAGCAUUGAAGCCCUCGGACAGCUGCCCGAGCUUCCGGCCACGCCCCCAGCUCAGGAGCCCACAACGCCCACGACGGUGGCCUUCAAGGUGGAGCACGUUAUCACCCCACGUCGUUGCCGGCCCAGCAAGUUGGGUGACAUCCGCGAGGGUUUCGUGACCCGAUGGCGUGUGGCCCAGGUGAUCUACCCGCACAUGGUGUGCAUCGCAUUGGCUUACUGCGUGACCCUCUCGCUGUAUCCGGGCAUCGAGGUUGAAGUGCAAUCCUGUGCCCUUCGCUCCUGGAUGCCCGUGCUGCUGAUGUUCUGCUUCAACACGUCGGACGUGGUGGGCAAGAUCCUGGCCGCCAGUCCCUACCCAUGGUCGCGCCGUCAAUUGAUCCUGCUGUCGGGCCUAAGGAUUGUGCUGGUGCCGCUCCUGCUCCUCUGCUGUGCUCCCCGCCAGCGUCCCGUGAUCUCCGGCGAGACGGCGCCCUUUGUCUUCACCAUUGCCUUGGGCAUCACGAAUGGAUUGGCAGGCAGCCUGCCCAUGAUGUUGGCCCCGGCAAAGGUACCGGGAACCCUGAAGGAGGUCACUGGCAACAUAAUGACCUUGUCGUAUAAUGUGGGUCUAACUGUGGGUUCUCUGAUUGGAUACGUUUUCGAGAGCAUGCUGGGACCGCAGCUGGUGAAUCCAUGUCCCACAUAUCCCUACGUGCCCGCCUCGAUGCUGGAACAGUUCCAUGGUCACGGGCAUGGCCACGGGCAUCUACCGCAUCCUCUGCCGCUGACCAGCACCAGUACGAUGAGUCCACCAACCACUGGGGCCACCACGCUGGCGCCGCUUCUGCUCAACACCACGCUGGCUACCCUUAGCAGCUCCAGUUCCACCACCACCACCGCCAGUCCGGCACUGGCCACCGUCAUCACCACCACGGCUCUGGCGCUCUACAGCACGGUGGCCAGCGGAAGUGCCGAGCUGAUCAACGCCACCAUAUCAUCGAUCCUCUCCACGGUCAGCAGUUCGGUGGGCGAUAUCAGCGACGAGAUGACCACGGAUCCCCAGACGCCGGACGCACUGCUCGAAAAUAUCUAAGCGAUUUUUGAAGCUAUUAGGACUUGGAAAGUGCCCAUGCGACAUUCCACACAGCCAUAUCCACAUUUACAUGAUUCCGUUUACUUCAAUUGCAAAUCUCGAUAUUAGAAUAGAUUGCUCGAAGAGUUUUAGGUUUAUGAACUUCACUGUUCGCCUUUUCAUGUCUGCGAACAAUUAUUUUCACUAGCGACUAGACUAGUAAUAUGUUUUCGCCGGAGAAUGGUUAUUGGGCUAGUUAAUGUAUAAAACACGCCAAGUCUUAACAAUUCCGUUUAAAUCCAAUACAUUUAAAUAAAGUAAUGAUGAUCAAUUUUCCAGCGCGUCGAUGUGGCUGAUGAAAUACGUAAAAUGGCAUAGUUUCCGAAUAUAUUUAAACAUACAUUUAAAGCUCAAGAAUUAAACAUGUGAACGAUGAUUCCAAUUAAUAGCAAGCGCAAAUUCUAACUAUAGGCGAUACUACUCCUGUGUACUAAUUACUAUAUAUCUAUAACUAUAAACUGUAUAGGGUACUUGUGAUUUCGAUUUGAUUUCAGCUGUUAGGUCUAGGCCCAAAUAUUAAUCUCCGAAUAUAUACUCAAAAUAAGUGCUAUGGAUUUCAAAUUGCAACCUGUUGACUUAGAUUAUAUGCUUAGUGUGAGUGGAUAUGCGGGCGAAUAAUUGAAAAAUGCCUGUCUAUUUUUGUAAGAGUGAGAAUUGAUAGUUGCAUAUGCUGAAAGUCAUAAUAAAUUUACAAAAUGAAACCACGUCAGUGGGGGAGUAAUAUAUAAUAUUAUAAUUUCUUGGUAAUGAGUAUGUGACUUAAAUGAAUGCCGGAUACAAUAAGUGUUGUAAGCAUUAUAAGCCAUCAAGUGCAAAAGCUGGUCUAAACAUAAUUUGUUGCUCUAACUUUUAUUGAUUUGGCUGUAUUAAUAGGAAGGUAAUGAAACCUCUGUGUACCAUUUAGAACAAAUUAUAAAAAAGAAACAUUAA